AGUGCUAUUGAUGAAAAGAUCUGUUACCUACUAUCAUCUUUGAAGACUGCUGGUGAUCAUUUACAGAACCAAGAUUCAUCAUCCUUAAAUACAGAUUAUACAAGAUUUUUAUUGAAGCAAAAGGAGAAACAAAUGACAGAUUCAAAAGACACAGAAUAUAUGAAAGAGACCUACAGGACAACUGUUUGCUUGCAUGCUUUGUGUGGAGCUAGAGAUGUUUUAAUACAUUACUGUUUAGAGUCCGCAAUAGCUCACCUCCAAGCUGCUGAAGAUAAGCACAAGUCAUACUUGACAGGUGGGAUAGAAGAUAUCAGACAGAAACUGUUCAAGCUGAGUUGUAAUUUUCAACAAAAUAACAUCUAUCAUCCAAAAAUUAUCGCAACCUGUAAAGAAGUAGAAAAAUGUUUCCAGUUCAGAUAUAAUACAGAGAAAAAGGUUUUGAUUGUUGUGAAAAGAAAGAUUCCCAGUUUUCUGAAAAUGCUUGAGAAAGUAAUCUGUCACUGUUCAUUAGUUAAGUUAAAGAUUCAAGAAGAAUCACAGAAUGAAAACAUUGUAGCAAGCCUUGAAGACUGUAACUGCAUGAUAAUACCCAGUAACCUGAUUGAUAAACACUUUCCUUGGGCGAUGAUAAAUCUUGUUAUUGAAUACGAAUAUGACAAGCAGGCAACUCUCUCAAGAACUUGUGAAACACAAAAUAUAAAAUUAGUUUCAUUCAAUGUCAAACUUAGUUCUUCUGAGAGCAGUUCUCAACAAGAAAUAAACAUUCAGAAAAGCCUUUUUAGAUGUAAGGAAUUACAGCAGAUGACAAUACUGGGUUCAUCCAAACUAACUUCUUGUGGAGACAUUCUUCCAUUGUUGGAAACAAGAUACAACCUUAUAGUGAUAGAAAGAAACUACAGUAUGUUUGAUGGGACAUUAUAUUUUCCUGAUAUUGACAUAGAUGAGAAGGCGUGUAUUGUAUUACAUUCUCUGACAGAUAUGGCAGGUGAAAACAACUUGGAACCUUUCCUCAAGAAAAUUAUCUCCCUUAGUCUUAAAUACACAAAAUGUUGGAUUUUGUUGUUUAACUUGUCAAAAUCUGGGAAAAGUUACCUUUAUGCUGGGAAAUGUGUCAGCAAUUUGUUUAAGCUACAAGCAAGUCUUGGAAAUUAUGUCAGUAAACAUGACUCAUUUGAAACAAAGGUCAUGACAUGUUGUAGUGCAGAAGAAAUAUGCUCAAAUAUCAGGAAAAUUUGUGACAUGGAGAGAACAUAUUCAUAUGUAUGGAACAAAGAGGAAUGGUCAGAUGGCAGUUGGUUGCUUGAAAUUGUUACAAAUGAAGAAAAGUUUUUGUUGUCUAUACCUUGUCUUAACUCAAUUAGUUGCCAGGUUAUUCUGAAGAAACUGACUUUAAAAGAACUAAUGUUAUGUUCAAAAGACAAUCUGAUGAAAACUUUACCUAUGUUUGCACAAAGGAUAAUAGAAAUGUUAUUUUCCAUAAUACAUAGUAACCAAGGAUUGAAUUCAAAAGUGCAAAGUAAGACAUUACAGUCUACACAGAAUCAAACACUUAACAGUUUAUCUGAGGAGCAUGAUCAAAACAACAACAUUACUAUUGACAAGGAUUCAGAUGACCAACAUAUUUAUGAUACAGAAUGCAAUAAUUUAGAACCUGUGUCCUCAAGUAGCAAAUAUUUUGGAUAUUCAGAUAAUACGUUGAAACCACCUGUUAUAAGUGGUAUAAAAUCAAAUAUGUUAAUGGAUGCAAGCGAGCAAUCUGUAACAAAAGGUCUUGGUAGAAAAGGGAACCAUAAUUCCUCUCAUUUGCAGCUGGGACCAGUUCUACAGACUAAAAAUAGAAAACAUUUUGAUGGUUCUCAGCAGCUGAGACCUGGUACAUAUGAAAUGAAUCCAAAUGGAUUUGAAAACCAUCGAUUUAGAUUUUCGAGUGAAGAUCAAGAUACACAAGGUACAGAAGAAUCUUUAUCACAGUCAUCUGUAAAAAUGAACGAAUAUCAGAAGGCUGAAAUUGAAGGAAAUGAACAUUGGCUGAAAAGAUUGGAGAUAGAGAAAUCUAUUUGUUCAGAUAAUAUUAUUUUAACAAAAUACAGAAACCAAACUCCACUGUAUGUUGCUGAGCCUUUAAAUGACAGCAUUAACUUAACAGAUGCAAGAUCAAAUGCUGAAAGAAUAGCUACACCAGAAACUGCACAACUUCAAUAUAAAAGACAAAAUGUUAGAGGGAGAAACAAUGUAAAUCAAACACAAAAUGACCAGUAUGGUAGACAUAUUGUCUUUCCAUCAAUACAGCCUGUAACACCAAGUCAGAGAUGUGUUUUAAAACACAUCAACAAAGCUAGUGUUGAUGACAAAAAUCCAAAUAUGUAUUCUCAAUUUAAACAGACUGAAAUAACUGAUUCUGCAAAAAGCCAGAAUGAGAGACAUAGAGACAGUAGAAAUGCAGAUGCAGGAGAACAAAUUUCAAUGAUGGAAGAUGGUCAAGAUGUCAUUUCUGAAAAAAGUUCAGGAACAAGAAAUUUUACUGCUGAUCUGACAGAAACUACAAGAAAAAUUCUGAAACAAGCAUACCAAUCUCCAAGAUUUGGUGUAUGUCCAACAAGACCCUUUUCACAGAGAAUCAGUGUUGGUUUAGCACAACCCCUAAGAAGGGAAACAAAAAGUAAUCCCUCAUUUGAAGAAGAAAGAAGAAUCCAACAAUCUGAAAGGAUGAUUCCAGUUUCUACACAAUUUAAUCAAGACAGAGAACAUGAAAGCAGCAACAGACAAAUUAAACCAUUUAAUAAUCAGAAUUUUUCUCUAGUAAGACCAAAUAACCAAAAGAGAUAUAAAUCAGAAGAAAGGUUGCAAAGAGGAAUAGAUCAAGAUUUGGUUGAUGGCUUAACAGCAGCUCUCAAUAACAGUCGUGAAAUAUUCAGACCUAUCGAUAAUAUGAGGAAUAAUGGUAACAAUAGAACAAGACAGAUGCCAAGAUGUACCAGAGAAAUGGAAAAUUCAAGGUUUGAUCAUUAUGAUAGACCUGUUGAAAUGGAUAAUCAAUGGAAAAAUAUGAAAAGCAACAGACAAUCUCCACAAAAGUUUGAUCAUUCUGUUAGACCUGUUGAAGUAGAUAAUCAAUGGACAAACAUGAAAAACAGCGGACAGACUCCACAGAAUUUUUAUUGUGAUGAUGAGUAUUGUGAACAGACCAAUCAAAUACAUCAAUCUCCUUUAGUUAGAAUGACAAGAGAUAAUACGCAUAGGGCACCAAAUAAACAUAAAGAGUGGGAAGACUAUGACUCACCUCCAAUGGAUCUUGAUUAUCUAGAUGAUAUAGAUAGGACGCAGGUAUCAAAUGAUGACAAGGAAAAUUACAGUAAUUUUAAUGGUAAUCAAAGAAAAGUUAUGACCAACAGAUUAAUUCUAACAAAUAAUGGAUCAACUCCAAAUAAAAAGAGGAAACUAGCCUAUGUCAAACAACCUGGAAUUAGAGGAGGACAAACCAAGCUUAUCUUUAAAUAACAAUUUGUACAUAUAUUGUUGUGCAUUCCUAUAUCAUGUAUAUAUCUACAUAAAUAACUGUUAGAUUCUUAAUAAGAGUUUAUUUGUUUGUUGUUGACAUAGUAAAUUAAAAAUAUUUAUAUUGGU